AUGAUUGUUGAUCAUGACCUUCGCAACGCUCUAAUCAGAGCCAAUAUAGCCCUACUUCAACGAGAGGUCCGCGAGAAAAAGGAUUGGUAUACCAGUCGUCGUGUCGUAGUCCGGAAGCGCAACGGCCGCAUCCACCUUUCACGGCUUGGCUCGCGGAAACAAACCGAGUACAUUCCUCUAGAAUUCGAGGAGGAUUCCCAAGAUAGCAGCUUCACGCUAAUCGACGAGACGCUAUCCUCGCGAUCAGCGAGCUUCAGCUCCAACUACUAA